ACUUCCCAGCCCCUCCACGAGUCAUUUGCAUAUAAGGCGUGUCCUCCGGCGCUAUUUGCAUGGAGCCCGGGCGCCGCGCCGACUGGAUCCCGGGGAGCGCCUGCGGGCCCGGAGCGGCCUGAUUUGCCUGGGGGAGGCCUCUCGCCGGGACCCCCAGGUGCCGCUUCCCCUUCCAGCGGCCUUCGCCGCCUUUCUCCCGAUUUCCGCGUGCCUUUUCCGGCGCCUGCCCGCGGCCGAGACAGGAUGCUCCCGAAGCGGCGGCGAGCGCAGGUCGGGGCCCCCGGCGGCCCUGCCUCCUCCGAGGCGCGCUUCCCCGGCGUCGCCAUCUACCUGGCCGAGCCACACAUGGGCCGCAGCCGCCGGGCCUUCCUCACGCGCCUGGCGCUCUCCAAGGGCUUCCGGGUCCUGGAUGCCUACAGCUCUGAGGUGACACACGUGGUGAUGGAACAGACCUCAGCAGAGGAGGCCAGCCACUGGCAGGAGCACAGGGCGGCCGCAGCCUCUCCCCAGCGAUGCUCCCGCCCAGCACUGCUGGACAUAAGCUGGUUCACAGAAAGCAUGGCAGCCGGGCAGCCGGUACCCGUGGAGUGCCGGCACCGCCUGGAGGUGGCUGCGCCCAGGAAAGGGCUGCCCUGCCCAGCGAGGAUGCUGCCCUAUGCCUGCCAGCGGCCCACACCCCUCACACACCACAACAGCAGCCUCUCUGAGGCCCUGGAGAUGCUGGCGGAGGCCGCAGGCUUUGAGGGCAGCGAGGGCCGCUUCCUCUCCUUCCAUAGGGCAGCCGCAGUGCUCAAGGCCCUUCCAAGCCCGGUCACGGCCCUGAGCCAGCUGCAGGGGCUGCCACACUUUGGGGAACACUCCCGCAGGGUCGUCCAGGAGCUGCUGGAACAGGGAGUGUGUGAGGAAGUAGAGAGAGUCCGGCUCUCGGAGCGGUACCAAACCAUGAAGCUUUUCACGGGGAUCUUCGGCGUUGGGGUAAAGACUGCUGACCGGUGGUACCGGGAAGGGCUGCGGACCCUGGACAGCCUCCAGGAGCAGCCCCAGAGGCUGACCCAGCAGCAGAAAGCAGGGCUCCAGCACUACCGGGACCUGAGCACCCCGGUCAAGCGGCCCGACGCCGAGGCGCUGCUGCAGCUGGUGAAGGCAGCUGUGGCGCCCGUCCUGCCUGGGGCCACUGUGACACUGGCUGGCGGCUUCCGGAGGGGGAAGUUGCAGGGCCACGACGUGGACUUGCUCCUCAGCCACCCCCAGGAGGGCCGGGAGGCGGGGCUGCUGCCCAGAGUGAUGCAGUGCCUGGAGAAGCAGGGCCUCGUCCUGUACCAGCAGCACCACCCAGGCGGCUGUGGACACGCCGAGCCCCCGCCCCGCCAGAGCCACCCCAUGGAUGCCUUUGAGAGGACUUUCUGCAUUCUUGGCCUGCCUCAGCCCUCAGGGGUGCCUGUGGGGAGCACCCAGGGGCCCUGCCCCACCCGGAAGGCUGUGCGGGUGGACCUGGUGGCCGUCCCCAUCAGCAGGCUCCCCUUCGCCCUGCUGGGCUGGACAGGCUCCAAGCACUUCCAGAGGGAGCUGCGCCGCUUCUGCCGGAAGGAGAGGGGGCUGUGGCUGAACAGCUGCGGGCUUUUUGAUCCAGAGCAGAAGAUGCUUUUCCAUGCAGCUUCGGAGGAAGACAUAUUCAGGCACCUGGGCCUUGAGUACCUUCCCCCGGAGCAGAGAAAUGCCUGAACCUACCCACUGGCCGCUCUGCUCCGCUCAGCUCCAGCAAGCCAGGCCCUGUGGGCUCCAGGGAGAAGAGACCUGGGCAUCCCCAUGCCCUCUGGCCCCUGACUGGGAGCCCCAGCUAUGUGGGGUCCUGCUCCCUGACCCAGGCCCCGUGGGCCCCAGGUCCUGCCCACCCUCCUCCCCCCACCACCCCCCCCUCCCACUUCCAGUCCGAUGAAAUGAAAUGAGCACGUGGAAGCAACCAAGCUGUGUUCUGAAUGUGCCACUGGUGCCUGGGAGAGCGCUGCCUGCUUCUGCCAGAGGCCACCUACCAGGGCCCCAGGCCCCCAUAAGCCGCAGGGUAUCACUGGGCACAGAGGGGGAUCAUGGCUGUGUGACCCUGGGCCCAUGGGGACAGGAACAGCACCACGUGUGCGGUGGGCGGGCUGCAGGGCCAGAGGUGGCGUAUGGUGGCCUCCCGGACCCGAGAAAGGGGCUGGGACCUGGAGCUCUUUCCCACCAGGAGUCCUUGGGGCCACUGCUGGCAUCUGCAGAUGGAUGGGCACAGAGGUAGGGAGCUAGGGGUGGGGAGAGGACUUGCCCCACUGCCCCCACCUCCCAGCCUGGCCUCCUGUCUCUGCGUUGGCUCGUCCAAGGUCCCCUUCCCAGAAGGCAGGUCCCCAUUCUGGGAAUGGCGGGUCACUGGCGUCCCUCCCAGCUCCCAGCACUCCAGCAGUUCCCUACCUGCCUCCGGGGCCCCCAGGGGCCUGACACUCCUGCCUGCCCCCCUCUGCGACCCCGGGGCUCCUCUGCACUCCCAGUGCUCUGAGCAAGCUGAUGCCUCCCAGGGAGGGCCCUCUGCUGCUCACCCCCCAGGCAUGCCCAGGCUUUGCAGCUGGACAUCCCAGGUCUCCAGCUGAGGCCUUCCCUGGCCACUCACUGCAUUUAAAUAUAUUAAAGUAACACAGCGAGGUUGA